AUGGAUUUGAUGAAUCGAGUGUUUCGACCUUACUUGGAUCAGUUUGUUAUGGUAUUUGUUGAUGACAUUCUGAUAUAUUCCAAGACUAAGGAAGAGCAUGAGAGACACUUAAACAUUACACUUCAGACUCUACGUGAACAUCAACUUUAUGCUAAGUUUGAGAAGUGUGACUUUUGGCAGGAGCAGAUUCAGUUUUUGGGGCAUGUGAUCUCUAAGGAUGGAGUUUCAGUAGAUUCUGCCAACGUGGAGGCUGUGAUGAGUUGGAAACGGCCUACUACUGUCACUGAGAUUCGUAGCUUCUUGGGACCGGCAGGAUACUACAGGCGUUUCAUUAAGGGUUUCUCCAAAAUUGCUGCACCUUUGACUCGUUUGACUUGGAAGGAUGUGAAGUUUGUUUGGGACCACCGCUGUGAGCAGAUGCAUCACUUCAGGGUCUUGGCUGUGUUUUGA